GACUGACGAAUUGUCCAAUGAAAUUUUAGAAUAUGAACCAAUGCUUUUAUUGCGGUUUUACCGGUUGCUGCCUGAUCGAAAACUUGUGUAUUGGCACUAAAAGAUUUGAUUUUGACAGCAGAAGACAGGUGUUAGGAACAGAGUGAAAAACUACAAAAGCCAAAAUGACUGACCGAAAGGCUGUGAUCAAGAAUGCUGACAUGUCGGAGGAGAUGCAGCAGGAUGCUGUAGAUUGUGCUACACAAGCACUUGAGAAAUACAACAUUGAAAAGGACAUUGCUGCUUACAUCAAGAAGGAAUUCGACAAAAAAUACAACCCAACCUGGCAUUGCAUUGUUGGUAGAAACUUCGGUAGCUACGUAACCCACGAGACCAAACAUUUCAUCUACUUCUACCUAGGACAAGUUGCUAUUCUUCUCUUCAAAUCUGGUUGAAGUGACUGGAAGGUGGAAACUUGCAUUUAUAACUUACAGCGUUACUAUGACAACAGCAUUAAUUAUAAAUUAAUUAGAACAAUCUAGUCUUUAUAAGGGUUUUAUAUAUUAACAGUGACACAAUAUUGAUACAACAAUCAUUAUUACAACAGCAUUAUUAAUUUGUUGGGACAAUCUAGUCUUUUGUUUGGGUUUUUAACUUUUAUAUAAUAACACUGGCACAUUACAUUUUUUGGUUGUUCAAAGUAAAUGCCAGACCAGUGGAAACUUGCAUUUCAUAAAGCGACAGUUAUGAAGAUGACAGUCAUUAUUACGACAAUUUUGAGUGCUGUUAAGACAAUUUAGUCUGUUUUAGUGUUUUUAUAUGCUAGGAUGUUGGCUUCAGUAACAGUUUGAUGUUAAAAUUAACAGUUUUAUCUUGCCAUCUGGACAAACAAGAACAAAUGACCAACUAUGUUUCACAGGUCUUUCUUAGCAAAGCCACUGCCUAUUUUUGUAUAAGUUGUGUGAUUAUUUAUUCAAUGAUUAUAUUUUGUUAAAGAAAUAAAUGCAAACAAUUACAGUCUAGUGCACAGAAUUAAUUGUCACUUUCCAGCAGACUGGUGAUACAGCAAUCCCACUACAUGAGUUGUAUUACUCUAGACAAUGCAGAUGAUAGGGCUAGCCAAGUACCUAGUUCAUGCAGUUCAGUUAAAGGUUGUUGAUGUUAUCAUGUUACAAACUUGCCAUUAUUUUCUUUUGUCUGUUUUUUUUUUGCAACAGAUAAAAUCUUAAAAUUGUA